AUGUUAGAAGAAAAACUUACAGCAGAAAUUGAAAAACACAACUGCUUGUGGGACAAAAGACAGCUUAGUUACCGCGAUCGGGUGAAGAAAGAUUUGGCUUGGCGAAAUGUAGCUGCUGCUGUGGGACAUCCUGAGGAAAACUGCCGAAAGCGAUGGAAAUCGUUAAGAGACCGAUAUGGAAUAGAAUUGAAGGUUCAUCAACAACCAAGCGGAAAUGCUGCGUCGUUUAGACGAACUUGGCCUUAUUUCGAAGCUAUGUUGUUUUUGAAAGACACGGUCACGCCCAGACAGUAAG